CCGCCUGGUCGUUACUGCGAUGCAGGUGGCUCUCAGGCCGGCGCAGGUCCGCCGUGGUCGUUGGACCCAAGGUCUAUGAGCAGCCACGAUGUCGAUCUUCACCCCCACCAACCAGAUCCGCCUAACCAAUGUGGCCAUGGCACGCAUGAAGCGCGCCGGGAAGCGUUUCGAAAUCGCCUGCUACAAAAACAAAGUCGUCGGCUGGCGGAGCAGCAUGGAAAAGGACCUUGAUGAAGUUCUGCAGACCCACUUGGUGUUUGUAAAUGUCUCUAAAGGUCAGGUUGCAAAGAAGGAAGAUCUCAUCAGUGCAUUUGGAACAGAUGACCAGACUGAAAUCUGUAAGCAGAUUUUGACUAAAGGGGAGGUUCAAGUAUCAGAUAAAGAACGGCACACACAGCUGGCGCAAAUGUUUAGGGACAUUGCAACUAUUGUAGCUGACAAAUGUGUGAACCCUGAAACAAAGAGACCAUACACUGUAAUCCUUAUGGAGAGAGCAAUGAAGGACAUCCACUAUUCAGUCAACACCAACAAGAGUACAAAACAGCAGGCUUUGGAAGUGAUAAAGCAGUUAAAGGAGAAAAUGAAGAUAGAACGUGCUCACAUGAGACUUCGGUUCUUUCUUCCAGUGAAUGAAGGGAAAAAGCUGAAAGAAAAACUCAAGCCACUGAUCAAGGUUAUAGAAAGUGAGGACUACAAUCAACAAUUAGAAAUUGUGUGUCUAAUUGACCCAGGCUGCUUCAGAGAAAUUGAUGACCUAAUACAAAAGGAGACAAAAGGCAAAGGUUCUUUGGAAGUGCUCAAUCUGAAAGAUGUGGAAGAAGGAGAUGAGAAAUUUGAAUGACAUUCAUCAGUCUCUUCUGCUUUGAAACACUAAAACGUUUUCAUUUCCCACUGUCCUGUUUUCUUUCUGUGGUCUGCCAAAUACUUGCUCAAAUUAGUUUGUUUUCUGCCUUUGUGUUAAACAAAAAAGACUUUGCUAAAUUAUAAUUGUGGUUAAUUUAGUUUUGUCUGUAAAUUGGGAUUUUAGGGGAAAAUGAAAAAUUAAAGACACAGAAGUCCAGAGAAGCAUUUUGCUGUCUCGUGCCAUUGUAGCUUUCCAAGGUGAAAGUUAUUUGAGGCAGCUCUUGUGAAUAAAAAGUUAAGUUUUGUACAUUAUAGUAAGAGUAAUUUCGGAAGGAUAUGUCUGUAUAAUCAAAAGGGAGUAUUUGCUGAAAAAGAAAACAGUGCUUACUUCUACUUAAUGAAAUGCAUGUAUAGGGGUAACUAUAUCUUGGCCUAAUAUACAGCUUGGAUAAUAGCUUCCUAAUCAGCUGAAAAAUAUGACUGUGCAACACAAAUUUCAUUAAACAUGCUGCCAUAACAUAAAUUA